AUGGGUGAAAAACCUGUACCAUGUGGGCUCCUGCAUGUUGAUGCAGUUAACACUACAUAUUCUAACUUGGAGAGCAACUUUGUGAAGAGGCUGUCAGCUGAGGUUCCUGUUGCCAGUAGCCCCAUUUCCACAAGAUGGCAGCAAAGCCAAACCAGGGAUAUGGCAGCCUACUCCUUUGGGGAGGAGCAUUCCACCACUGACUUCCCAGAAGCUCUUCAAUCCGUGUUGAAGACGACCAUUGAGAAAGAGACCCUGAUUCUAGGAUCCUACAAAGAGCCACUGAAGACUUCCAUCAAGGAAGUUGAAACAAAUAACUCAUUUCUCCAUUUUGGCAAGACACUUCAUUCACUGGACAGAAGCUGGAAGAAAAACAUUACCUCCAAAGGCCAGGUAGAUCUGAAUGUCUUAGGUUGGCAUUUUCAAAAUCUUGUUGCUAUAGCCCUUGGAUUUUCUGUAUAUAUUUGGAAUGGGGAAAAAAGCAAUGAAAUUGAAAACAUAGACUUAUGUCUCACUUGUAACCAUGGAUCCUCUGUGUCCUGGAUAAAAGAACCGAUCUGCCUGGCAGUUGGUACCAGUGAGGGAGAAGUGCAAUUAUGGAAUGUGAUGACUAAAAAGCAGCUGAGAAAUAUGCUUGGCCAUUUAUCAGUCAUUGGAGCUCUAAGCUGGAAUCACUGUCUCCUAAGCAGUGGCUUGAGAUUGAGACUUGUUUAUCACCACAAUGUUUGGGUAGCCUAGCAUCAUGUUGGAACACUUCACCACAAGCAAGCUGUGUGUGCUCUGAAGUGGUCACCUAAUGGCAAAGUGCUUUCCAGUGGCUGUAGUGAUGGACUGUUGACUAUAUGGCCCUAUGAUCGAGGUGUGAAUGCACAGGAACCACUAAAAGUCAUACCCCAGUCUACAGCAGUCAAGACUCCAUUUUAUGGACAAUAUGGCUCUUGGCAACCUCAGAUUCACAUUCCCAGAUGGGAGGUGGGGCACAAGGGCAGAAUGCUGCACCUGGCUUUGAGUCGAGACCACACCCAUUUUUCCGCUGCAGCUGAUGGGAUAGCCUCUGUGUGGAAGUGCUGCUAG